CUUUCCCUCUCUCACUCCUCCAGCCUCACGUACGCUAACCCCAACCUCCCCCAAGCUCCUCCGCUUGCAGCACCAACCCGCGCGCGCGCGCGCCCCCACCUCUCCCCAGGAAGCGAAACAAAACGCCUGCUCGCGCGCCGCCAUGGGCAACGCUCUCGCCGGCCGCCGGCGCGCGGCCAAGGUGAUGACGGUGGACGGCGCGACGUUCCGGUACAAGACCCCCGCCGCGGCGGGCGCCGCGCUGCGCGGCCACCCGGGCCACCAGCUGCUCGAGUCCGAGGAGGUGCGCCGGCUCGGCGUGCGCGCGCGCCCGCUCGACCGCGACGCGCCGCUCAAGCCCGGGAAGCUCUACUUCCUCGUCCAGAUCCCGCGCGGCGCCGCGGCGGCGGGCGGCGACGACCCGCGCGCGCCGCGCAAGACGUGGUCGGGCGCGCUGCACGUGGGCGCCCGGGAGCGCCUCGAGAGCCUGAUGCUGUCCCGGCGCACCGUGUCGGACGUGGCGUCCAUCGUGCCGUCCUCGGCCGCGCGCCUCGCCGCGGCCGGCGCCCCCGCGGGGUCGCCGAAGCCGCCGCCGUCCGUGGAGGUGGGCGCGGACGGCGCCGUGCGGCUGCGGAUGCGGCUGCCCAAGUCCGAGGUGGCGCGGCUGAUGAAGGAGAGCCGGGACCCCACGGAGGCCGCCGAGCGGAUCAUGCAGCUGUGCGUGGCCAGGGACCAGGGCGCCGCCGCGCCGCCGCCGCCGACGGCGCGAGCGCCGCUGUGCUCCGCGCUGUCCGGCAGGAACGCGACGACGGCGGGCACGGGCUUGAAGAAAGAGAAGCGGACGAGGUUCAUGGCGGUUCCGGACGAGAUCAUCGGAUGACUACACGGCGCGGGGUCGUCAAAGCGUAGUCUUGUUUUGCCUGUCUUCUUGGGUUGUUUUUCUCCUUUUAUAGUGUGGUAGAUCGGUCUCUUCGGCAAGAGAGGGGCUAGAGGAGCUGCUGGGGCUUGGAACAUGAGAAGCUGCUCGGACACCUAUGGCUUCCUAUCUGAUCUCCCCAGCAAUUCCUCAAGUCUUUUGAAGUCUUAGGCAACCUAAAAAAAAAGUAUAUAUAGUAUAGUAGUUAAUUAGGAAGCAGAAAAAAAUGAAGAAAAGCUAGCAGCAGUUUGUACUGUACUGUACUGGUGUGAGACAUGGCAUCUGCAGUAUUUAGCCACCUUGCAUGAUCA